AUGCAGGGCUAUUCGUUCACAACCCCUGCGGAACCUCCCAGAGAAGGCCAUAAAAAUUAUGUAUUCGUGGAUGAGCACAAUAGGCACAAAAGACUCAAAGUGAUGCGAGCCUGCAACGGCUGCAGAAAACGAAAGAUCAAGUGUGACGCUGCAACAACAAACACAUGGCCGUGUUCGGCAUGCACCCGCCUUAAAUUAGUAUGCGUGCCUCCUACUAUUGGACAGGACAGCGACUUCUCCAUGGAACCAACUGUUGAGGCCGGCCCGGCAGGUUCUCUCGGCGGACAUGAUGCACCGGAUCCGUCACUAUCAUCCUUUUCUGUGUCGCAAGCUUUAAGGGACAACAGCCAGCCUGCCGUGGGAGCCAUUCAGCCGUACUCCGAUGCGCUGGGAAUGUUCCCGCAGUUUUCUCAUUCAACCCCGCAGCAUCCCGGGGUGUAUGAGGUACAAUCGCCGCAAGUUUCUGUACCAACCCACUCUUAUCAACAACCGCAGAUGUUCUCUUCCUCUCAGGCACAGGCUUUGGCGCCGGUAGAUAGUAGCAUUUUUGGGGAGCCUGAGUCGACCGCUGAGGAUCUCAGCGAUGUCCUUGGGGAGCUCAAAAUAGACGAGACUGGCAUUGCUCCUUAUAUCCGGCAACAGCGGCGAGAGGGCGCUGAACCGGAAGUUCCAAUACAAGAUGAAGCCGAGGGAACGCUCCCUCCCCUUAAUACCGGGGCCGGUUCUACAAUCCGAAUUCCCCCAGAACUCAUGCCAGCUGACGACGAGAUUAUGAAUUAUUUAAAAAUUUAUUUUAAUGACAUACACCCCUAUGUACCCGUGGUCCAUCGCUCCCACCUUUACUACCAGUGGCAACACGAACGUCACCUGAUCUCCCCUCUUCUUCUCGAGGCAAUGCUCGCCUGUUCAGGGCGGUUAUCAGAUGACCCUGCCCAGGGUGCCCAGUGGCUUGCAUUAGCAAACAGGCACGAAUCAAGCUUUAUGGAUGUCCCUCGCCUAAGCACGAUUCAGGCGCUACUCCUCCUCCUAAAGGCAAGGGAGUCGCUACCGAAGAAAGGCUAUUACUAUCGCUCUUGGCAAACUGUGAAGACUAUCGUCUCAAUGUCCAAGGAUCUGGAUAUUCAUGAACAUUACUAUACGCAUGCGGAGAAUCGUCCGUGCGAUCUAAAUCCAAUAGAAUGUUUGGUGCAGACGAGAGUAUGGCAGGCCCUUUUAGUUGUCGAGGUGAUGAUUGGUGCACCGCAAGGUCGGUCUGAUUAUGGCGUGGAUCCUGAUACUGUCAAUAUGAAUCCGGAGCUGAGUAGCAAAGACCUUGACCAAUUUGAGAAUGACAGGUCCAGGCAGUAUGCCUAUUUCGUUCAGAAUGCCCGUCACAUUCGCAUCAUUACCGACAUAUACCACAAAAUCAAGAGACAAAAAGACUGGGGUGCAAACCCUAAAUUUGUCGAGAAGAACCCCCUGUUCACUGAUUGGCUACAAAGUCUACCUCCCGAUCUACAAGUGAACUAUCCCGCCGAUGGGUCCCCUCCUUGGAUACCUUCUCACUUCGUGGGCAACAUGCAUUCACAUUGUCAUCUAGGAAUUAUCUUGUUGCAUCGCCCCCAAUUGCUCGCAUCCAACAAGGCUUUUGCAACCGGCGGGGGCGGAAAAAUGCACAUGGCUCUAUGUUAUUCCUCGGCGAAAUAUAUCUGUAGGCUCCAGGAAGCUAUUUUGGAUCGUUUCGGUCUGUCUGGUCUUCUUUUCAUGCAGAGGGGUAUCAAUUUCGCAAUAUACUGCAUUCUGACAUGCACUAUGCUGCACUUGGUUGCCAUAACGUCACCUGACCCCAGCUUCCACACCGACGCGCGAGAUUACUUCACAAGACACAUGCGUAUACUUGAGCGGUGCUCUUCGGCUUGGCCAAUGCCGGAAAUCCAGGCUCAGAUCGAUUCUCUACGUCUCGCUUUCUCCGCUGAUAUUAGUCGCCCUUUCGAUCUCAAAUCCACAUUUCCUUAUGGGAGUCCAUCGGAGCCAUAUCAUCCAAGCCCGCCGCUUGAUUCACAUUAUACCCCCCAGUUGAACAAUGUCUCUGGCGGUGUUCCAAAAAGAGUGGGUUAUACGACCUACCCAGUAACACCUCCAGUCUCAGCUUGUACUGAAGAUUCAAAGUCCGAUUCCUCUCAGCUCCAAUCAUUAGGGAUGAUACCCUCUCAGACUAUGUCAGGCCAUUCGAUGGACGUUCCAUUGGUUGAUGAAAAUAGCUGGGACCCUACUCGCAUCAUAAACCAAUGGGACAUGGCGUUUUCUAUGGGAUCAUCUUCGGUAAAUACGAAUUCGCCGCCCAUGCCCUCCCAGCGCGUACAAAAUGCGUUGUAUCCUGUUCAAUAUGGGCAUCCAGCAAAGAUACCUUCAGUUCCACAGCCGCAACCAUUAUCGCAGCCUCAGUUCAGUGGACAGCCAGUUGUGUUCACAGCGCGUGAUUGGCAGCAAAGUGUUGCCAGCGUAUUCGAUCCCAAUGGGUUAAAGCGGCGAUGGAACUACUCGGUUGACCUCGGAGCAGAACAUAGUUCAAAACGUCAACGUUGA